AUGAAUGUAGGGGAUGGGCGGCACAGCCACCUCAACCACGAACAGGACAAAAAAAUCAACCUGGGUGGACCAUCCGAAUCACUUAUUCAAAAGUCCCAAGCAGGAUACAAUCCGGAAUCCGGUGUCAUCAAGCCGCUAUCCUUAGGACAUAUUGAACUUCUGAAAAACUCUGAAGCCAAACCUCUUAUCAAAACCGCCAAUCUUUUGGUAAUUCCUUGCGCCCUAGCAAAUGAUGGGACAGCACUUAAACCCGCGAUUGAAUUUGACGCGCGCCUCAAAGAAAACGUGGGUUUGAAAUUUCCAGUUGAUUUAGAAUACAUUAAGAAGAACCAGAAACCAUCCCCCGAACAUCUUAGAGACAACAUUAUCACAGAGGCAAUUGUCUCAUCGCUCACGUCUUUAGAUAACUUCUGUUCCCUACCCGUGGCUGUAGACUACUCAACACAGUCAGGGAAGACCGGUCAGACUAUGUCAAGCCUUUUUGAGGAACACAUCAAAACGUUACAGGUUUGCCAGGCAUGCCAAGAAAGAUUGCCAGGUCGACGUCAUAUUAUUUCAUCCAAUCAAAUAAAUUGCACCAGUUUUUGCCACACAUGCUACGACGCAAAAACAGUGUGUCCUAAAUGCAAGGUGGCAGGGCAAGUCAGUUAUGUACCUUCAUUAAGAGCUUGUGAUGCAUGCCUUGGGCGAAACAUUGUUUGUACUCGGCGAGUGGUAAUGGUGUUAUGUAGCGACUGUGAAACAGGAAACAAAAAUGCUUUUGAAAUAUUGAAUGAAAAGCUCGAAAAAGGUGUUAUAGAUCCCUACCUGGAGUUUUUAAGCAUUUUGCCUGAUUGUCCACAUGUCGGUAAAAGCAUGAAGGCGGCUUUUUCAAAUUGGUGGCUAAAAUGCAAAGAUGAGAGAAUCAACUUGGGUCUUCUAAGAACUGUGAGAAAUCGCUCCGACAAAGCCACCAAGGAUUGUUUCAGAAAACUUAUACCAAAAAACGAUCAUGUGAAAAAUAAGGACCGACAGGACCCUUCCUCCGUCCUCACUUUAAGUGCUGAGAACUUGACCGACGCAUUGAAAGACAUUGGAUAUGUAUGCCACACUAUCGUACCCGAACUGGACAAAUACUCGGCUGACAAUCAACGUGGCAUGUAUCCAUGUCCAAUCAGUAUUGCCGUACCAUCAUAUGGGUGGAUUGCCUUUCUUUCGUUCGAUGCAAAGAAUGGUAGUUCUACCCUGUUCAAAGCUCGUCUUCACAGUCCCGUCGACAAAAUCACUGUUCUCAGCAAAAACCUCAAGGUUAAACAGAUCCAUUGCUCUGACGGUAUAAUAUACCUAACUUCCGACAAAGGACCUAUCAGGGCCAUUGAAUUCUCUGAAGGAACAAUCAAUAUGAUUUCAAAGGAAAAGAAAAGAAAAGAUGACCUUGUCAACUUGGCAAGAAAACUUAAAGUGUCACCGGUGGGGACUGUUGCUGAAAUUUCGUCGAGACUGAAGAAGUAUUUCGAAUCAGUCAAAAAUCAAUAUCAAGGAAAAAGUGCCAGAAGUGACGAGAUUAACUUCUGGGACAAGGAAAUACAACCCAGCUUUGAGGCCAUGGUUUGUGUGGCCAGUGAUUUGAUCUAUGCAGCUGAAGUUACAAACAAAUCAAUCGUUUCCAUCGAAGUCGAAAGGGACGGAGUUGGUCUCAAGGGGAAUAAUCUCCAAAGAAUUGUUUCUUACGGAAACACAUGGGGAAAGGUUUACAGUAUGUGCCUCAGUAACAGAAAUCUGUUUGUAUCCCAUGUCCAGGGAAUAAGCAUGAUCAACAUGGAAACCAGUGAGUGUCAGUUAGCCGUGAAGCUUGACGAUGAACCUUGUGUUCUUACAAGGUUUAGCACAGACGUCCUAUUCACAAACCAGAAGAAGUCUUCAAUAUGGCAACUCAGUGGCAAUGGAAAAGAGUUACGUUUGUUUGCUGGCUCUGACAAAGAAGACGGAAAUAUAGAUGGGCCUAUCAAAGAAUGUCGCUUUAAACAACCAGUAGGCAUUUGUACAGAGUUCGAUGGUGUUGUGUAUGUUUGUGACGCACAAACGAACUCAAUAAAGAUCUGCACCAAAUUAAAAGAGUGUGCCCACUUUCUUAGUGCAAUUGGCUGUUUGUAUGAAGCUUUCUCUGUGCAUCAGAAAGGUGCACAGUAUACUGUUAAGACAGGAGAGGAAGCUAUUGGUCUUGUUAGGCAAUGUAGAAGGAUGCUUGACGAGAAUACCUAUGAUAUUCAAGAAACCACUGGCAUUACAAGAAGUCUCAAUGGACCUCAAGGCCAUGUGUCGGCCAGGACAGUAGCGUCGGUUUCCAUGAUAGAAAAAGGGCUCCAGAGAUUGUACACUAACCUUGAAAAUUUUGAUUACGAGAAUACACUAAAUCUUUUGAGCUGUAUGACACUAGAUGUGGAGAACUGUCACGCCACCGUACAUGUAAAGCAAGCAAACAUGUCAAUGGCAGAAUACUGCAGGUCAUUUGGCUUGGCAAUGAAGGAGGCAGUGAAACGGGUGACCUCUUGGGCUGCAUACUACCACACAAGCAGGCGAUCUUGGUACCCCAAACCAGAGGGUUGUUUGCAACUAUCGCAGGUUCCUAUCAUGAAACCUCUACCUAGUGUCAGUAUGAGCUCAGCCGACUGCAACGCACUCAGGGACUGGGCAUCCUCCUAUGGAGCUGCCGUAAGACAACGAACGGUACGCCAAGAGACUACCAUGGCAAAGCAUGGCACGCUCCCUGAGUUUAUGUACCAAAGACAAUGCAACAUCUCAGAGAAUCCUGUAUCUAUUGCCUUUGAUGAACGCGUUAACAGGGUAGAAGAUGCCAACGAAAAUAAUUCGGAAGAAGACGAGAGUGACGCCGAGUUUGAUGAAAGCAGCGAUGAAGAUGUUGAAGAUCAUGGUCGGGAAGAAUCGCUUCUUCAAGGAGAGAUCGGAAGCUCGGCCACGUUUCUCCUGGGAGCCAAGACUCGAUUCGGGAGAGUUGUUAGAUUUAACAAUCGUCUGCUCUACUGA